CUUGCUAGAGCAGAAGCAGUGUCACACAAACUCAGGCAUCAUGAACAUGUUUGAUCGCAAGAUCAACUUUGACGCGCUCCUGAAGUUUUCGCACAUAACCCCUUCAAUGCAGCAGCACCUGAAGAAGGUCUAUGCCAGCUUUGCCCUCUGUAUGUUCGUGGCGGCUGCAGGGGCCUACGUCCAUGUGGUCACCCACUUCAUUCAGGCUGGCCUGCUGUCUGCCUUGGGCUCCCUGGGAUUGAUGAUUUGGCUAAUGGCAACACCUCACAGCCGUGAAACGGAACAAAAAAGACUGGGGCUUCUCGCUGGAUUUGCUUUUCUUACAGGAGUUGGCCUGUGCCCUGUUCUGGAUCUGUGCAUUGCCAUCAACCCCAGCAUCCUUCCCACAGCCUUCAUGGGCACAGCAAUGAUCUUCACCUGCUUCACCCUGAGUGCGCUCUAUGCCAGGCGCCGGAGCUACCUCUUUCUGGGGGGUGUCUUGAUGUCAGCCAUGAGCCUGAUGCUUUUGUCUUCCUUGGGGAACCUUUUCUUGGGAUCCAUUUGGCUUUUCCAGGCAAAUCUGUAUUUGGGACUGGCGGUAAUGUGUGGCUUUGUCCUUUUUGAUACUCAAAUCAUUAUUGAGAAGGCUGAAAAUGGAGACAAGGAUUAUAUCUGGCACUGCGUUGACCUCUUCUUAGAUUUUGUUACUCUCUUCAGAAAACUUAUGGUGAUCCUGGCUAUGAAUGAGAAGGAUAGGAAGAAAGAGAAGAAGUGACUGGCCCUCUCCCCGUUUGGCUUCCUCUCUCCCUCUGCCCCGUCUUUCCUCUGCACACGUUACAGGUGGCGUGUUCUGUGAUAAUGGAAAGCAUCAGAAAAGCUUUUGUACUUUG